CAAAAUGGCGGAGGACGGAGCCGGGUCGGCGCCUUGAACACAACUGGCUAUAUAAAUAUUGUAGUCUAUUUCUAGAUAUCAACGGCUGAUUCAAAUAUAGACUGUUUUUAAAAAUGCCAGUGUGUUUUUGAAGAAAUCCCGCCGAAGUUGGACGACGAGUGAUAUCGCGUUUGCUGGUGGUACCUACCCAGUGAUGGGAGAUGGAGGACAAGGGGCCUCGUGUAGCAGACUACUUCGUGCUGGCUGGUCUGACCGACUCCUCCACGCCUCUGGAGCAGGAGAUCCACUUCCACGAGGUCUGCCACAAGACGGCCAAACCCAAGCCGCCCAUCACCGACGUCGCUGUGGUGAUGCGCUCGCUGGGGGAAGAGGUGCCUUCCUGGGUACACGUGCGUGGAAUCACGCCGUCCGGCCUGUCAGCUGACCUGAACAACGGAAGUCUCAUGGCGCCACAGAUUCUGUGUUACAGACGAGGACGAGACAAACCACCACUCACUGACCUGGGUGUUCUGUAUGAGUGGAAGGAGCGGUUGAAGCAAGGUUGCCACAUCAUCCAGACCACGCCCUCCGGACGCCCUGCCAACAUAAGCUCCACCUCCUCCCAGAGGAUCUACGUGACGUAUCGCCGCGCCACGGAGAGCCAGACCUACGCCGCCCUGGCCGUCACAGACAUAUGUGUCAUCAUCCCCGGCAAGGGAGAGACGCCACCACACACCUUCUGCAAGGUGGACAAGAACCUCAACAGCAGUAUGUGGGGUUCCUCUGUCUAUCUGUGUUACAAGAAGUCUGUGGCCAAACCCAACACCAUAGCCUACAAGGCAGGUCUGUUUAGCAGGUAUCCUGAGGAGGACUAUGAGUCCUUCCCCCUGCCUGAGUCCGUGCCUCUGUUCUGUCUGCCCAUGGGGGCCACCAUCGAGGCCUGGCCGGCCCAGACCAAAUACCCCCUGCCUGUCUUCUCCACCUUCGUACUGACCGGAUCCUCUGGAGAGAAGGUGUACGGUGCAGCCAUCCAGUUCUACGAGCCCUACUCCCAGGACUGUCUGACCGACCAGCAGCGCUCUCAGCUGGGUCUGCCGGGGCUGGACCACGGGCCCUCUUCCCCAGCCUCAUCCCCAGCCACCUCCCCCUCCACCCCAGCUCCGGGCCCCAGAGCGCUACACACCAACAAGUGUAUCUGUUUGCUGUCUCACUGGCCCUUCUUUGACGCCUUCCGCAAGUUCCUCACCUUCCUCUAUCGAUACUGCAUCUCUGGACCUCACACCCUGCCCAUCGAGAAGCACAUCUCCCACUUCAUGCACAAGGUCCCCUUCCCCUCCUCUCAGAGGCCCAGGAUACUGGUGCAGCUCUCUCCUCACGACAGCCUGAUGUUGAGCCAGCCUGUGUCAUCCCCUCUACCACUCAGUGGUGGUCGGUUUUCCAUACUGCUGCAGAACCUCGGUCCGGAGAAUGCUAUAACGCUCCUGGUGUUUGCUGUGACAGAACAUAAGAUCCUGGUCCACUCUCUACGGCCCGCUGUUCUGACCAGUGUCACUGAGGCUCUGGUGGCUAUGAUCUUCCCAUUCCACUGGCCGUGUCCGUACAUCCCUCUGUGCCCACUGGCUCUGGCAGGGGUCCUCUCCGCCCCCUGCCCCUUCAUUGUGGGGGUCGACUCACGCUACUUUGACCUUUACGACCCCCCUCUGGACGUCAGCUGUGUCGACCUCGACACAAACACCAUCUCCCACAACGGAGAUAAGAGGGCCCUGACCUGGAAGAUCCUGCCAAAGAAAGCCUGUAAAAACCUGAUGAAUGUGCUGAACAAUCUCUACCAGCAACUGGUGGACGGUCAGCAGCGUCCUGAUGGCCUAUUGGAGCUGAGUAUGAGUGACUGUACAGAGCUGGCCUGUGGGAAGAGCCUCCACAGCCUGGAGAUGGAGAUACAGGAAGCCUUCCUCAGGUUCAUGGCGGCCAUCUUGAAAGGCUACCGCUCAUACCUGAGACCCAUCACCCAGGCCCCGUCUGAGAAGACUACUGACGCCUCCUCUCUCUUUGACCUGCAAGGGUUCCUGAAGAGCAGAGACCGGUCCCACCAGAAGUUCUACUCCCUGAUGACCAAGACUCAGAUGUUCACCAGAUUCAUAGAGGAAUGCUCCUUCGUCUCAGACGAAGACGCCAGCUUGGCCUUCUUCGAUGACUGUGUGGACAAGGUGGACAGCGAUAAGCCAGAUGAGACCAGGCUGAUAGAGAUUGACGAAUCACAGCGCAGCGAGCACACAGUCUUCAUCACACCCCCUGAGCUACCCCAUCUGCCUGAUGGAGAGGAGCACCCACUCUGCUACAGCUAUGAAGGUUUCCCAGUGUUGAGUCUUGAUCUGUUUGACCCCAUGGAAGGCCUCCGACCCCCUGCCUCUCGGCUGGCUGCCCGACAGAGCUGCCCAACUAGCCCUGCACCCAUGUUCAGACGCACCAAACAGGAGAUCAAGUUGUCUCAGAAGUUAGCCAAGAAGUACUCUUCCAUCCCUCAGAUGUGGUCCAAGUGUCUGCUGUGCCACUGCUACGGCCUGUGGUUCAUCUGUCUGCCGUCCUACGUCAAGGUGUGCCACUCCAAGGUGCGGGCGCUGCGCACCGCCUACGACGUCCUCAGGAAGAUGCAGGACAAGAAACUACAGCCUCCCGACGAGGUCUGUUACAGGGUCUUGAUGCAGCUGUGUGGUCAGUACGGCCAGCCAGUCCUGGCGGUCAGAGUUCUGUUUGAGAUGAAGAAGGCUGGAGUCCAACCCAACGCCAUCACCUACGGCUACUACAACAAGGCGGUGUUAGAGUCUACCUGGCCCUCCAGUACCAGAGGAGGUUACUUCAUGUGGAUGAAGCUGAGGAACGUGGUUAUGGGUGUGGCUCAGUUCAGACAGGCGCUACGCAAACAGCAGCCUCCAUCCACUCAGAGCCCUCUGUCAGAUGGCAGCGACCUGGACGCUGUGAGUCACGGCAGCCUGGAUAGCUCUGCCGACACGAACACGGCCGAGCAGGGCCCCUACGUCCCUGACUCCAUCAAAGUAGACCCCACUGACGAUAGGCGUAGCACAGGUGAGCAGUCAGACCUGGGGUAUAACUCCCUCUCUAAAGAAGAGGUACGUAGAGGAGAGCCCAGCCUGCUGUACAGGGACAGCACCCAGGACAAGGACUGCAGCUCCUUGUCGGAGACAGAGAGUGCUAAGAGCAGUGGAGACUGUCUCCCUCAACAGGACUUCCCAGAGGUCAACGGUCCAUUCAAGCGGCAUAAUUCCGGCAUCGUCCGCGGCAACUGUCCCUAUGACGAUGUAGCCUGUGAGCCCAAGAGGUCAACCAGCACAGACCAUGUAGCAGGUCUCGUGUUGAGCUCCUCUCUGAAUGAGGUAGGUGUGGUUGAGACCAACAGUCUGAGGAGGAGACAUCUCACUGCCCUUGAGGAGGGAGGUGGCAGUAGGAGUAGUGGUGGAGGAGGAGUAGGAGGCCAUGACUGGCAGGGUGUGCGAGGGUGCAGACUGAGUGGAGACAACAGGGUUGUCAGUGGUAGCAGUGGCACGCCAGUGUUGGGUCUGGGGCUGCACCAGGGAGAGACUGACCCAGCCAGGAUAGCAGAGAACCUGGGGGCAGACACCAAGAUCCUCCUGGGGACCAGCUUCAGCCAGACCAACAGGCCGCGGACGUUAGUCCUGGGAGGGUCAGAGGGGGUAGGAGCAGCCGGGGGAAGAACCAGGCGCUGCAGACGUAGAGACAGCCCUGAAGACGGAGAGGAGAGGGACUGGAGUGACGAGGACAAGAAUGACAAGAAUAAUACAGACGCCAUCUUUGAUCUGGAGGACCUAGAUCUGGACGGACCAACCACAGAGAACGUUGCUAAAACCAGCCAAUCACGGAAGAGGACGGUGGAACGCAGCGCCAGCUAUGGCGGUGUGGGUGUGGCCUCAGCCUCACGGGGCACCGUUAAACGAACGGGGAUCGAGACAGGCUUCGAUCCGCUGUCCCUCCUGGCGGCCGAGUCCAAGUCCCAGGGAGACAGAGAGGACGACCUGGAAGUGGAGAUGGAUGGGGUCGCGACCCCUACGGGCCGGCGCCAGGACCACCUGGCUAGGGAGAUAGAGAUGUACAUGAACCAUAUGGGUUCUCCUCUGAACAGCCGGACACCCAGUUUGGACCUCCAGGACCCCUCCAGUCCCCUGUUCCUCCACCCUCCUCCCCCACUUAUCACCACCCCUCGACGGGCCAGUCUCCCCCAUACCUCCCCUCUCAGGACAGGAGGAUUACCUCGCUCCAGGACCCACAACUCCCCCUCGCCCUCCCAGCCUGCCAGACAGAGGCUCUGGUCCUCACCCCCCUGUCCCCGCUCCACCCCCAGCCCACAGCCCAGCCCCUACCGGGAGAGGGAGAGAGACCGGGACCUGGGUUUGCUGUCCCCGUCUCUGUCCUCCUCCUCCUUCGCCCUGGACCAGCUCCUCACCCCCACCCUGGAUGUGUUGAAGAGCAGCAUGGUCUCGGCAGGGAAAGGUGUGGCAGAGAAGGCUAGCCGGUGGUACUCUCGCCUGGCCACCUCCUACACCGUGCCCACCAAGGAUGGUAACUGUGACCGUCUGAGUGUGUCCUCUCUGGGCAUGGACCCUGACUGCUCCUCCCUGUUGGAUGUGGAUGAGGAGGGCCUGGGGGACCCAGACGGCUCCAUCACCUCCCCUCAGAGAAAUGGCCCCGGGCCCCGUAGGAGCCCAAGGAGAAGCCCAUCCAGACGCAGUCCCCCGAGGAGCAGACUGGACAGUUCCACACACAGACAGACAGGCUUUCCUCCCCCAGACUGCUCUGAUCUGGGCUCGUCUCACUACACCAGCAGUACCAGUGUCUUCCAGAACCACGCCAUGGAGUUGUUGAUCUCCAGCUGUUCUCGCUGUAAGACGUGUGACGGUCUGGUGUACGACGAGGAGAUCAUGGCAGGAUGGACGGCUGACGACUCCAACCUCAACACCACCUGUCCUUUCUGUGGGAACCCCUUCCUCCCCUUCCUUAAUGUAGAGAUCAGAGACCUGAGAGGACCUGGGAGGUUCUACCUGAAGAGCAGUCCGUCAGCGGAGGAGGCUGUGUCAUCGUCCUACUCUGUGUCCACCGGUCUGGACACCGGGACGUCCACUCUGUCCACUCCCUGUCCCACUACUGUCCUGUCUCCUCUCUCACCCAGGAUCACUGUAGAGGGCUGCUCUGGUAACAACAGGCUGUCGUCGUCCAGGGCCCAGUGUAUAGAGAUCCCUACAGAGCGGCGUCAGGGGGCCCUGUCCCCGGGGUCAGCUAUGGUGCGAAGUGUCAGUGCCUUUGACCCCAUGGAGGAACCAACUCGACUCAACCACAAUGUACCCACUUCAGGCAGCCUGCCCAGCCGACUCAACGAAGCUAGCGACCCCCUGAGUGUUGAUAUGGAGUGGCGUCUCCACCACCCAGAACCAGUCACAGUACCCUACCUGAGUCCCCUGGUCCUGUGGAAGGAGCUGGAGUCCCUGCUGGAGAACGAGGGAGACCCUGUUAUCACAGUGUCAGCCGUGGUGGACCACCAUCCUAUCAUCUACUGGAACCUGGUUUGGUCCUUCAGACGUCUGGACCUGCCCAGCAACCUGCCUGGACUCAUACUGACCUCAGAGCACUGUAACAGGGGAUCUACGGUCCCUCGCCAUUGGAUGUCAGAGGACAGUAAACACGUGUUGAUCCAGAUCUUAUGGGACAACCUCAAGCUGCACCGGGAUCUCAUCCAGCCGUUCUACAUCCUGUGGAACACGCAGAGUGUGGGCUACCCGUUGUGUCGUCCUGUGAGCGAGGCGGAGCGUCCGUUUGGGGAGGAGCUACUCCACAGCGUGGUCAAGAGCAUCCAGAGGAACGACGUCUCUCGACCAAUGGGACAGCUCCUACAGCUGCUGGGGCAGAGCCUGGGGGUCAAGAGGCAAAGGAGUCUGUACAGAGACAUCCUCUUCCUGUGUCUGGUGGCUCUGGGAAAGGACAACAUUGACAUCGACGCUUUUGACCGCGAAUACAAGAUGGCGUACGACCACCUCAGCCCCAACCUGGUGAAGCUGACGCACAACUGCGACCGGCCGCCCAGCGCUGGGGUCAUGGAGUGUCGCAAGACCUUCGGAGAACCCUACCUCUGACCCCUUUACCCCUGACGUGUCACCUCCGACAGACACUCCACCCGGUCACCUCCGUCACUCGGCCAGUCACCUCCUCCACCCGGCCAGUCACCUAUGUCACUCGGCCAGUCACCUCCUCCACCCGGCCAGUCACCUCCGUCACUCGGCCAGUCACCUCCUCCACCCGGCCAGCCAGUCACCUCCGUCACUCGGCCAGUCACCUCCGUCACCCGGCCAGUCACCUCCGUCACUCGGCCAGUCACCUCCUCCACCCGGCCAGUCACCUCCGUCACCCGGCCAGUCACAUCCGUCACUCGGCCAGUCACCUCCGUCACUCGGCCAGUCACCUCCGUCACGGGGCUGACCAGAGACUAGCGGAGCUGACCAGAGACUAACGGGGCUGACCAGAGACUAACAGAGCUGACCAGAGACUAACGGAGCUGACCAGAGACUAACGGGGCUGACCAGAGACUAACGGAGCUGACCAGAGACUAACAGAGCUGACCAGAGACUAACGGAGCUGACCAGAGACUAACGGGGCUGACCAGAGACUAACGGAGCUGACCGACCAGGGUGUUAUCAUGUAGUCUGACCAGUCUCACAAAAGGGAUGUUAAAUCUCAUCUCAUCACCUGGUCGUUAGAGGUUCUGGACGUACCCCUCUGGAUGGAUGGAGAUCAUACUCAUUAACGUAACAACGGUUUCACACAAUGACGUGUUCAAUUUCGGGGUACUCAUGUUUUCAGAAAUCUUGUACAAAUUGUUACAUAAAAUACUAAAUGUACUUUAUAUACGACAGUAGUAGUAGGGACCUUUUAUAAAAAAUAAAAAUAAACAUUUGUAUUAUAUAGUCAUAUAUAGAGACUAAUAUUAGCAAUAUUUUACUUAACUUGAAUUCUAUUUAUACAAAGUAAGACUUUUAUUUAUUUUAGUCUGUUUUAUUUGUUUAGCUGGAUGUACUGGCUUCGUGUCAGGGUGGAACAUCUAUUCCUCUCCUCCU